AUGGCUCAGGAACGGUAUACCGUCAACAACGUGCAAGUCGUACCCAAAGACAAAAACCCUCCAAACACGCCGGAGCUGCACCCAAUUGAAAAAUAUUGGGCAAUCGUUAAGCGGAACCUCGAGAAAACUCAGAAAACAGUUGGACAUGAGAAACAGUUGAAAGAAAAUUGGCGUUCAGCAUCAAAUAAGGUUGAUACAACAGCGGUACAAAAUCUGAUGGAAGUUCUACACACAUCGGCAAGUUUAGCGUUGAACGAAAGCUGGGAUCCGGACGUACGGGACGAUAUGGAAAUGAUGCUAAAUAAGAUUGUACCGGAAGGACUACCGUACCGACAUUCCUGCGAAGGUCCAGACGACAUGCCCGCCCACGUGAAAGCGUGUUUUCUCGGCAGCUCACUGACAAUCCCAAUUACCGAUGGUAAACUGUCUCUAGGCACGUGGCAGGGCGUGUGGCUUUGCGAGCACCGUGAUCACGCUGGCUCCCGCAAGCUGGUGAUAACGUUGUCCGGCUGCCCCCGGGACUCUGCCCGAAGUCCACUCUCGCCGGUAUCGCCAAUUGCGUCCACCUCCAGUUAGGGACGGCCACGCUCUGCUCGCGAUAGUCGGUAAUCGUGGGUUAGAGCGGUGCUCUGCUGUAAGUUUCAUACUAAUAAGGGUCAUAACACUAUUGGAGUAAGCUCUAAGAGACGGAGGUUAAAGAAGGGGAUGAUAACCUAUACAUAAUUAUGUUAAUUAUAAAGUGAUGGCAGAAAACCAGAAAUAAUUAAUGAAGGAAUGAACAAUUUGCCGCAGAUUUAAAUAAAUCAAUAAUGACGCAAAACGAAUACGGAGCAAGUCUAGGUAAGACAGAAAACUUACUAAUAAAUCUAACGAGUAACUUAGAUACAUGAACCGGGGAGCGAAGGAAACAUCAAAAAAGAAUAUUUAAUUUACAAUUUAUAUGAGGUAAUAGAUACUUAGAUAUAAAAAAAAAUAGAAAUCGCUAAACAAAUUUCAUAUGAAAGAAAAAAACGCAAUGAUAAUAGCAUUUAAGAUGUCUACAUGGAAGUUAAAGAAAAUGAAGAGGAAAACUCGGAAAAGAAAUAAUUUUUACCAGCAGAAUUAGGAACAAAGAAUACUAGGUUUUUACUUUUAUGAUUUUUAAUUCGUCAGGAAUCGCAACAUGAGACAACUAGUAAAACUAAUGAAUAGCUGAAAUACCAAACCCAAGGUUAGAUGUAGAUACGUAAUGUUUUGUUUUGCUUUAUUUCACAGAUUUUUUGUUACGUUCAUUUCAGUCCGACGGUAUUACAAAGGGUACUUAUGAUAUGCACAAACUGUAACCCUGAAUAUUGUUCCCCGAAGUUCGAAUCCACGGGAAGUGGUAGGUUACCAAAUGCCAGUAGCUUUAGCGCCUCCUUCAAAAUGAAGGGCCACUGGUACUGUCGUAAGUCCGGCCAGAGACUCUAAAUCAGGGCAGGUUUUUUUUCCCUAGACACUUCCACCCACAUUCUAACCCCGAAAACCAAUUUCACAGGAAACCAAAUUCGAUUAAAAAUUAGCUAACUAAAGAAUCAAAGCUGUUCUAAAACUUUUAAAACUGAAAAUUCGAGCCCUUUCAAUAAGUUUUGUUUAAAUCAAGCAAAAAGCAAAGGCAGAAACUAUUAACCUACGGGUAUCUAACAACUAGUAUAUUUACAAAGUUUUCAACUUUUUCCUCUAAUUUUCAGAACUCAUUGAAUGCGAACAAAAGGAACGUUAUUACUUUGGCUGGCAUAAUGGCGUUGCCGCAUGAGGUUGUUCGGACUGUGGUUGGAAUUGUCGUAAUCUAGUGUGGCCGCACAGCGGAUUCGAUGGGUAAAUUUUCACCCGGAAUCAAAAUGCGGUGGUUACGAUGCUGAUUGCCACCUAAGUAGCGACAACCGAGUGUGUCUACGGCGACUUUGACACUCCAGACUAGCACCCACGUUGAAUGGUAAAAGCCACCUCUUAGUCCAGCCGUUUUCUCUUCACAUUUUUUUUGACUCAAUUCCACAAUGAAAAGCACUUACAGACUAUCAACCAUUAAGCGUUUUAUAAAAAAAAUAACACAAUCGAAUCUAGGUUUGCUUAACUUCAAUCGACCUUACUUCGCCAGCGGUUUCCACCUGAACCCGAUCAGCUAUCGUUUUGUGCCUUUUUAUUUUUGUUUAAAUAUGUUUUUUUCACACAUACAUUGAAACACAAAAUGAAAGGAUAUAAUCAUUAAAAUGACAAUACAUAUAAAAGAGCAGCUCUUACAGAAUAUGUAUUUAUUUUCCAAUUGUAGGAUAUUCUCAUCUGGAGUUAAGUCCUGGAAGUAGUUGCCUCUAACUUGAACCAUCUUGUUGUUCCGUACACGAUCCCAUUUGUUUCGGAGAUGCUCUGAUCCAUU